CCCCAGGGGAAGGAGCUCUAUUUGGAGAUUGCUUCCUUGGGAGUGUUUGAGUAGCCUUGAUCCUUGGAAAAGGAGACAUAGCUGUAUGAACUGAACCUGACUGUGUUGUUAUACUUCUGUGAAGAUGUGAAAAUGGACCAGCUCUGACAGACCAGUCCUCUGGGCUAGUAUUAGAAAGCUGUACCAGCAGCCAGCCAGUCUCCAGUAUCAGCUAUGGCAACCCAUGUGUGAAGCUGAUGCCUUCAAACCAUUUCCUAUAGAUGAGGCAUAGCGCAUGUUGUGGUAUUUAUGAGCCGCCAUUUGUUGUACUAUUGUGGUGAACCUACCCUGGAUGUGAAGAUUGCCUUUUGUCAGGGAUUUGGGAAACAAGUGGAUGUGUCAUACAUUGCCAAGCAUUACAACAUGAGCAAAAGCAAAGUUGACAACCAGUUCUACAGCGUGGAAGUGGGUGACUCGACCUUCACUGUUCUCAAGCGCUACCAGAACUUGAAACCAAUUGGCUCUGGGGCUCAGGGAAUAGUUUGUGCUGCAUACGAUGCCAUCCUUGAUAGAAAUGUGGCCAUUAAGAAGCUCAGCAGACCAUUCCAGAACCAAACCCACGCCAAGCGUGCUUAUAGAGAGCUGGUCCUCAUGAAGUGUGUGAAUCACAAAAAUAUUAUCAGUUUAUUAAAUGUCUUCACGCCACAGAAAUCUCUGGAGGAGUUCCAGGAUGUUUACCUGGUGAUGGAGCUGAUGGAUGCCAACCUGUGCCAGGUGAUUCAGAUGGAGCUAGACCAUGAGCGAAUGUCCUACCUGCUGUACCAAAUGCUCUGCGGCAUCAAGCACCUGCACUCUGCAGGAAUUAUUCACAGGGAUUUAAAACCAAGUAACAUUGUGGUAAAGUCUGACUGCACGCUGAAGAUUUUGGAUUUCGGGCUGGCCAGGACCGCGGGCACCAGCUUCAUGAUGACUCCGUACGUGGUGACACGGUACUACAGAGCACCGGAGGUCAUCCUGGGAAUGGGCUACAAGGAGAACGUGGAUAUAUGGUCUGUGGGAUGCAUUAUGGGAGAAAUGGUUCGCCACAAAAUCCUCUUUCCAGGAAGGGAUUAUAUUGACCAGUGGAAUAAAGUCAUAGAGCAGUUGGGAACGCCCUGCCCAGAGUUCAUGAAGAAGCUGCAGCCAACAGUACGGAACUAUGUGGAGAACCGGCCCAAGUAUGCUGGCCUCACCUUUCCCAAACUGUUUCCUGAUUCUCUCUUCCCAGCUGACUCAGAACACAACAAACUCAAAGCCAGCCAAGCUCGGGACCUGCUGUCCAAAAUGCUGGUUAUUGAUCCGGCCAAGCGCAUAUCGGUGGAUGAGGCCCUGCAGCACCCAUACAUCAACGUCUGGUACGACCCCGCCGAGGUGGAGGCGCCACCCCCCCAGAUCUAUGACAAGCAGCUGGACGAGCGGGAGCACACCAUUGAGGAGUGGAAAGAACUCAUCUACAAAGAAGUAAUGAAUUCUGAAGAAAAAACGAAAAAUGGCGUAGUAAAAGGGCAGCCGUCUCCUUCAGGUGCAGCAGUGAACAGCAGCGAGAGCCUCCCCCCAUCCUCAUCGGCCAACGACAUCUCCUCCAUGUCCACGGAUCAGACGCUGGCGUCCGACACGGACAGCAGCCUGGAAGCGUCGGCGGGGCCACUGGGGUGCUGCAGGUGACUAGCCGCCUGCCUGCGGAACCCCGCCUUCUUCAGGGGGUGACGGCGUCCAGAGGGAAAGCAACAGAGCUAAGGGACGGAGGGAAAUAAAAUGCACAGAUUUAAACGAAACAAACAAAUCUUUUCCGCCUGCUUCUCCUACAGAGCUAUGUAAUGCAGCUCAGCUCAAGUGUGUAUGUAACUCAUAGUUGCUCUGCUUCGGUCUUCUGACGA